AUGGCAACUUUGGCCGACGAGCUUCUGAACGACUUCGAGUCAGGCUCAGAAGGCGAGGAUGAUCGCGCAGAGGACUUUCCGCUCCACGAUGACGUUUUAGCUCCCCCAGCAGCAAAUGGGGUCAGCCAAAAGGCGGCCGCCAACGGCAUAGAAACUGGAAUGGAGCUUGACGACGAUGAGGAAGAGGUUGAUGAGGAUGAAGAGAUGAUGAACGGCGCAGCUACAGCCGGCAAGGCGGCAGAAGCUGAAGAUGAAGAGGAGACCAAGGCAAGGGUAGAGAAGAUGCAGCUUGGGGGAGUCAAUGACGUGCGAAGCGUAGCAGGGCUCAUGAAAACCCUACAACCAGUUCUAGAGGUCAGUACAGCCCCGUGUUCCCAAUCCUCCCCACUAUAUAAAGUACACGAUUUACAUCUUGUUGAAGAAGCAGCCCUGACGAGCCGCGUCGUCCUACAGAAAAUAGCCUAUUACCAAGCUUUGCCGCCGGAGAAGCAGACGAAAAAUAUCGGCUCGAUCGAAGACAACCCAGAAUACAAGCUCCUCACACAAUCGAACACACUGUCAACUUCAAUAGACAGCGAGAUCAUCCUCGUCCACAAGUUCAUCCGCGACCACUACUCUGUCCGCUUUCCCGAGCUCGAAAAGCUCAUUACCAACCCUCUCGAUUAUGCCAAGACCGUCGCAAUCAUCGCCAAUGGCCCCAUGGACAUCAAAUCUAUCCAGAACUCCACCGACAACAUCGUAGGCCAGUCGCUACGGCAGAUUCUCGAAGGCGGUGCUCUCCUCUCCGUCAUCCUCCAAGCUACCGACUCCAAAGGCCGCGAGAUGACCCCAUCCGAACUCUCCACCGUCCUACGCGCCUGCGAAAUGACACUACAGCUCGACCGCGCAAAAGGCAUCUUGACCUCCUACGUCCAGUCCCGCAUGAACCUCUUCGCGCCCAACCUCACCGCCCUAAUCGGUUCCCUCACCGCCGCUCAACUCCUCAACUUCGCCGGCGGCCUCACCGGCCUCGCCAAAACGCCCUCCUGCAACAUUCCUCCCCUCGGCUCGAAGAAGCAGUCCGGCCUCGGCUUCGCCACUAAUGUCGGCAUAAGACACCAGGGCUUCCUGUACCAGUCGCCCAUCAUCAAGGGCAUACCAAACGACCUCAAGAAGCAGGCUAUGCGCAUCGUCUCCGCCAAGGUCAUUCUGGCGGCACGAGUCGACCACGUCCACAAGUCUCCCGACGGCUCCGCGGGCGAGGAGUUCAAGGCCCAGUGUCUCGAGCGGCUCGACAAGCUGACUGAACCCCCGCCUAACAAGGGCGUCCGCGCGCUCCCGGCGCCCGACGACAAGCCCAGCCGCAAGCGUGGCGGCAGGAGGGCCCGGAAGGCUAAAGAGGCGACGGCCAUGACGGACCUUCGAAAAGCGCAAAACAGGAUGGCGUUCGGGAAAGAGGAGCUCGAAGUCGGCUACGGCGCCGGCGACGGCACAAAAGGACUCGGCAUGAUCGGGCAGAGCAACGACGGGCGCGUCCGACAAACGCAAAUCGACCAGCGCACGAAAGCGCGGCUGUCGAAGAAGAACCCCGGAUGGGGCGGCGCGACGCCCGUCGGGGGCAUGGCGUCCUCUUUGCGCGGGUUCGGACAGGGCGCCGGCAACGCGACGGUGCUGAAGGGGUCCGGGUUGCGGAGUAGUGGGGUUGGUGGGGGCGCGGGCACGGCGUCGACGAUUGCGUUUACGCCUGUGCAGGGCCUUGAGUUGGUCGAUCCGAAGGUUAGGGAGGAGAUGGGCCGGAAGAGGAAGGCGGAGGAGGAUCGGUGGUUUAGCAGUGGCACAUUUACGCAGAUUGGGGGUGGUGGGGUGCCUGGUGGUGCGGCGAAGGUGGAUUCGGGCGGGUUUAAGGUGCCGCAGUUGCCGCUGAAGAAGAAGGUUGAUACUGGGGCGACGAAGUAG